GGUCCCCGGUUGAUAACCACUGAUACAGAAAAACCUCUUCAAUCCUGUUUACAUGCUAAUUGUCAUUACUUUGAUAAUCAAGUGUGUGACUGUUUUUGUGUUAUUCACUCAUUCCCAAACUAAAAUAAAGCCACAACACAAAUGGUUCAAUUUAAAUGCAAAAUGCUUGGCGAUUCUACUGAACCUCCCUCAAAUUUGUGAGGAACAUGCCUAAUAUGUCUCCUUUACAGUGUUUCUGACCAACCUAGAGUUUGGGUUCUGCCAGUGUGAGGAACCUUAAAUGGUUCCUCACGUGUCUUUUAAUUUUUUUUUACAGCCUAAGCCUCUAAGAACUUCGAGCUGAUUCUAUAAGUGUUUCAGAGACCUGAAACAUAGAUUCUCCCUAAGUGCAAAAGCACUAAACUUCCUGCAUAACGAGCUGUGGUUACAUAAAGGCAAGCACCAGCUGAGCUUAUGUUCAGUGGUAUCGUGCCCUGAAGUGACACCGCGGAAGGGGAGAAUGGGAGGAGACGGCGGCGGAGGCUGGCCGGUGUUCGGUUUCACCAGCUCACACGUGACCGCGAUGGCUGCUUGUCUGUUCCGUGCAGUGCAUCAUUCCUCUGCCGCCCUGCGAAUGUAGGCUACAUCAGUUCUGUCGCUUCUUUGAACUGUCGGUGCGGAUACUUACCGUCCGCCGAAACGAAAUUCCUCUACGCGUUCAGCCGAACAGCUCACCGGCUGAGAAGAACGACAUUCGGGAGAGAAAUUCAAGCGUCUCUUGGUUCAACUUCCACCAACCAACACAGCGGUAGGAGGAGUCAACAGAAUUCCUAGAAGUAGUUUCCCGCUGCCUGGUGCUCAGCCCUGAACACAGUGCUUUGGCAUCUGUCCUCUCUCUGGCCACAAUUUUUCAUCUUCUUGGUGCUCAUUGAGGAAUCUCACACUGCUCAGAUGCCUGGCAGAGCUGCUUCAUUAGACUUGCUGCCUUUGUGGUCCAGUUCGUUACAUUGUGGUGGAAAAGGUGUUUCUCUCUGGCAUGGCGCUGUUCCUGUGACUGUCUGAUGAGAUUUAAGAUGGAAAAAUCCAGCAGCAGGUCACCGCGUUGGACUGACUCACUCUGACAGGUUUGAACCGAGAGCAUUUUGUGACCUCUGGAGCACGGCAUCUCGAUUCCUCUUGCGUCACAUCGUCCAAGUCAGUCCUCCUGAAAUCUGGUGGAUUGCAAUGAGCUCAGGUCCUCGUGAAGAGUCAAAGCGCUUCCCUGCUGCUACAUAACAUAUCAGUCAAACAGUGCUGGAAUAUACUGCCUCACACACUUCUAUUCCAAGAGAACAUUGGGAUUGUAUCCAGAGUGUUACAUAACACCAAAACAAAUACCUGUGAGCUGUACACUCUGAUCGAAUGGCGUCAUAACCUCUCGUACGCACCCUGGAUCACCAGUCAUUAACCUGUCUCGGUCUUACAGUCACAAUAGUAAGCGUCCACACGGACAAUCGCAGACAAAGCUCUCCUAGUUGGAUUACCAAAAGUAGCUCAUGAUGGGAAAGUAGACAUCUGGCAUCACGGAUAGCCUGCACAGAGGUCUGGGACUCAGUGUUGUAUCUGAGCGUGCCAUGUCUGGAAACGGCAACCCCUGCCCCAGCCCUGGAGGGUUGGGCACUCCUUUAGGGGGCUUCCCUAUGUCGCACUACCCUUACUUCUUUCCUCAUAUGCUAGGAGGGCUCUCCCCUCCAGCACUUCCAGGACUUCCUGUCAGUGGAUACAGCACUCCAUCUCCUGCAACUGUGGAGACCCAGAGCACAAGCUCGGAGGAGAUCGUCCCCAGCCCACCCUCUCCGCCACCUCCCCCACGGGUCUACAAGCCCUGUUUCGUCUGCCAGGACAAGUCCUCGGGCUACCACUAUGGAGUCAGUGCAUGUGAAGGGUGCAAGGGCUUUUUCCGAAGGAGCAUUCAGAAGAACAUGGUGUACACCUGCCACAGAGAGAAGAGCUGCAUCAUCAACAAAGUCACACGAAACCGCUGCCAGUACUGCCGACUGCAGAAGUGCCUGGAAGUGGGCAUGUCUAAAGAAUCAGUUCGAAAUGACCGUAACAAGAGGAAGAAGGAUGAGAAGAAGCAGGAGUGUUCAGAGAGUUACGUCUUAAGUCCUGAUACAGAGCAGAUGAUCGAGCGGGUGAGGAAGGCCCAUCAGGAAACCUUCCCUUCCCUCUGUCAGCUGGGCAAAUACACCACGAACAACAGUGCAGACCACAGGGUCUCUCUGGAUGUUGACCUGUGGGACAAGUUCAGCGAACUCUCUACCAAAUGCAUCAUUAAAACAGUCGAGUUCGCCAAGCAGCUGCCCGGCUUCACCACGCUCACUAUCGCAGAUCAGAUCACUCUCUUAAAGGCCGCCUGUCUUGACAUCCUGAUUCUGCGAAUAUGUACACGCUACACACCGGAUCAGGACACCAUGACAUUUUCAGAUGGUCUGACACUGAAUCGCACGCAGAUGCACAACGCCGGCUUCGGUCCACUGACGGAUCUGGUAUUUGCUUUCGCCAACCAGCUCCUGCCUCUGGAGAUGGAUGAUGCGGAGACUGGGCUUCUUAGCGCCAUCUGUCUGCUGUGUGGAGAUCGGCAGGAUCUGGAGCAGUCGGAUAAGGUAGAUGUGCUUCAGGAGCCGCUGCUGGAGGCCCUAAAGAUCUACGUGAGGAAGAGGAGACCUCAUAAACCACACAUGUUCCCCAAGAUGCUGAUGAAGAUCACAGACCUCAGGAGCAUCAGCGCUAAAGGAGCGGAACGGGUAAUAACGCUGAAAAUGGAGAUCCCCGGCUCCAUGCCUCCACUCAUUCAGGAGAUGCUGGAGAAUUCGGAAGGCCUGGAAGGAGGUAGCGGGGCAAGAGGCGGUGGAGGAGGAGCCCCACCAGGAAGCUGCAGCCCCAGUUUGUCUCCCAGCUCGGCACACAGCAGCCCCUCAGCUCACUCCCCCUGACUCUCACCUCCAGACAGGGCUCCCUACAGAACGAAACUGGUUAAAAACCAGAAAUAAGCCACAGCAGACCAGCGCCAGAGACCAGAAUUCCGGUAGACUUUGAUCCGGGGUGACCGGACCCGAUUCUAACAGUAAAUCUGGCCGGCUUUCAUUAGCUGAAGACCAAUUGAGUUACACACAGGCCGAGCCUGAUCAAAACUCACACAGUCAUUAAAACCCACCAGUGAUUCAGUGACAAGCUUUUCAUGUGGCGGUGGUUCACGAAGGCAGCAGAACAAAUGCCCUGUGUGUGCCGAAGCAGCUCUUUACUGUGUCUUCCCGGCUCUGCUCCCAUCACAGACUGUGAAGGCCCAGGGAAGCUCUCUUCCUCGUCCAAGAGAUGCGUUCUCCGGCCUGUGAUGUUAUUUUAUAAACUUCAAUCCCUUAAAGCAAGCUAAAGGACAUUAGGACGUCAAAUGUCCGCAAGUCAGGGACAUUUUGAACUUUCCAGCUGUUUUGGUUCUGUUUCUUUGUUUUCUUACAAAUGAUAUAUGAAUAUAUGAAAUCUAUAUUGACAGAAAUAUGAGAUUUGAAUUUUUUGUCUUAGGUGGAAUGCAGAACAAUUCUUAUCUUUUCUCUCACUUUUCUCAAGAGUUGAACACGAUUAUGGUCGACCCACUGUUGCGCUCACUCCAAGAUUCACAUCAAGCUCAAGGGCACGUCACACUAGCACUGAAAAUGAUGAGUGUACUUCAAGAAAAGAAGUACGACGGGGUUGAAAUGCUAUUUUGUCCAGAUGAUUUGGAGAUAUGUUAGACUUCAUCAGAAUGAUCAACUUUUGUGGCAGUUUGUGGCAAUGAAAUGAAGUAUGUAAACAAGCAGCUUGUGAUAAAGAUGUGUAUGAGAUCUCUUUUAAAGGAGCAGUAAAUGCCUUUCUGUAGCUUUUUAAUACUGUUUAAUUUACUUUUAAUUUUGUAAUUGUCAACUGUCGAAAGACACGGACACCCCCUUCUACACAGUAUUAUCGGAUUCUAAAAUAAAAAAGGAGAUUUCCAAACAUAAUGACUCGCAGACAAAAACACAAGAUGUAUUUUUUAGCUAAAUGCUCAUGUGAAAACCAUCACAUCAUUUCACAAGUAUUGAGAAUGUUGUAACUGAGCAUUUCACACUGAGCUUCACACCUUUUUUUUCCCCUGCAUCUCAAAUUUGAAUCCCUGUUUGUUAGGUUUGUGUUCAAUCAUCUGUCACGUGUGCUGAGAUGCUUCCACCGCCGCCUCCUCUGUACUUUACAACAUCACUGCCUCUGCUCUCCUGCAACAAUCAUUGAACAAUUGUCAACAACAACAACAACACUGCCUCUGUGUGACAAUCACUUUAAGUACAGCUCACAAACCACUCUGCCUCUGUAACACACUGAUCCCUGCCAGACAUCUGGAUUCAUGAGAGCGCUAGCAUUCACCGAUGUGUGAACACGACUGUCCCCAUAUCUGAACAUGUAUUAGGCCUAAAAAGCAUCAAACAUGGGCUAAAUUCACAAUUCUGAGAUUUAUUUACUAAACUCAUUUUGUUCCAAACUUAAAGAUGUUUUAAACAUUUUUUUUUUUUUCCCCCAUACUAUGAAAGUCAGAGGGGUCAAAUGUUGUUUUGAUCACCAUUUGACUAUCGUUAUAUAAACAUCUUUGAGUUCUGCACAAGAAAGAAAUUGACAGGUUUAGAACAAUGUGAGGAAGAAUAAAUGACACAAUUUUCAUUUUUAGGAGAACUAUUCCUUUCAAUAUGAACAGUAGAUGAAAUGCACCAAUAAAAUGAAAGGGCAUCUCCAUGUGACCCAGUUCUGGUGGAUCAGUGUCAGCAUAUCAUUAUUGUACCAGUUUACAACAGCUCUGCCUCUGCAUCACGUCUGCUGAACCCGUCGCAUGAACCUUUGGCCAGUGCGGUGGGCCGAAAUGACUUCCUCCUCAACAUGUUCUGCUGAGAGAAGUCUGAACCGUUUCACUGCAACUAUGCACACGACAUGCACAGAGCUCGAGUCUAUUCACUUCUCUACCUGUUGUGAAAAUCACAAGCCUCUUCCAGUUGCUCAGUACUGUUCGUUUCAUUUGAUUCUGCAUUCAGUCGCUGCCCAAAGGUUCAUCACUAUUGAGUCAUUCUGCGUCACAGAGCGCAACGGGCCUCUUCUCACUCAAAGGAUGACAAACCGAGAUCUACACGACGUACAGCACAGACCCUGUACUGCUUUAACAGUUGUUAUACAGUCAAACGCACAAAAAUGUUUCUGUUUUGUCAGGUCCCUGGAUGAUAAGAGUAAUGUUUAAUAAAGACUUCUGUUUUGUGUGUG